GCGGAAAUUUACCGUUGCCUAGUUACGACACUGGGUUUGUUUGCUGCAGGGCGGUCGCGGUAAAAUGGAGAACGCAAGAGAUGAAGACCAACAUGACGAAGAAGACCUGCUGAUGAGAGAAGAUGGGACUAGUGGAGUGACAGUCCCACUUUCUCUUGAGAAUCCACCGGCACAACAGUCAGACAGCCUCACUCCUCCUCCUGUUCUUGACCCAAAUAUGGCAGAGCUCCAACUCACUGACGUCAGGAGGCCUUGCCAAGCACAAGUACCUCACCAGUUGAGCCUUGGCACAGCAGAAGAUGUAACAGAUGAGGAACCACCACGGGAGGAAGAAGACAUGAAUGAGGAGUUCAUCAUCCUGGACCCUGAACAUCCGCUGAUCAAAAGGUUUCAAGAUGCUUUAAACAUUUACUUCAGCAAACGUCUGGAGAAAAACCAACAGGAACUGAAGAAACAGCGGGAAACUAAAAAGGAGGAGGCAAGACAGUUACAGGAGGUUAGCAUUGAGUUGUUUAAUAUUCAAGAACAGCUGACCAAAAUUGAAAACAAGCUGAGUGACAGCCAUCAAGCCAAGGCACAGGCUGAAGCCCAACGGCGGCAUGCCCAAGAUCAGCUGCAAACAACAAAGAGCAAAUAUUCUGACAGGAGCAGUCAGAGCAGCAAAGCCAAAACUAAAGUCUCCAGGCUACAGGCAGAGUUAGAGAAGACGAUGCAGCAUGUCAUUUUUGCACAAGCAGUCAGUGAGGAUCUGCACUCCAAAGUCAAAAUUAUGAAUAAUGUCAGACACAAAGUGGGCACUGAGAAGACACAGGCAGAAGAAGAGAAGAUAAAGCAGGACUUGUAUGUAGAACGUUUGACAAAGGACUUGGAGAACCGGACACUGCAGGCAGCAGGGUAUGAGGUCCAGAGAAAUGCUCAAGCACAGGAGACAUUAGAAGCCUCUAAAUCACUCGCUGAGGCUGAGAUGGAACUGGAGUCGCUGCUAAUGAUGCAUAAAAAGCUGCUGCAGCAGUGGAACAGCAACAUAGCAGAUAUAAGGAAACACGAUGAGACUGUUAAUGCAAUGCAGGAAGCUGUACGUGCCAUUGAGGACGAGGUGAUCUUGCUGGGCAGAGAGAUUGAAGGCUAUAAAAAAUCCACCGCUGUAGAGCAGGAGAACAAUGAGACACUGACUGUUCAGCUGAACUGGUGUGAAAUGGAUUGCGUGACUUGGAACAAACUGAUCAGUCAGAAACAGACGGCCCGAGAGGUGCUGCAGGCUCAGUACAGCGCCUGUCUGCGCUCCCUGACGGAGACAAAGCACAUCCUCGCCACACUCACAAAAGAAAUGAGUGCAAAUCAAACUGAACUAAACAACCAGAGGAGCCAGGAAGAGAAACUGAGCGCUGCACGUCUGGAGCUGGAGGAGAACAUCAUGGCCCACAUUCAGCAGCAGCUCACACACAGCAAGGCCGCCACAUUUUCACAACAGCUCAUAAGCAAGAUGGCCACUCGCAAGAAGGACAAGAUGCAUCAGCUGCAACAGCUGGAGAGAGACAGUUUGUCAGUGAAGCUGGAGAGCCAAAAGGUUGAGCAGCAAGUCAACAGCCUGAUCCUUACCGUGGAGACACUCGAGGAGGAGCUUAAUAAGCAGCACAAGUUACUGACGUCACACGAGAAUGUCCUUUCUUCACUGGUUCGGCAAAUCAAGCAGAAAGAAACGACAAUCAACAACCUAAAAAACAGGAUUUCUCAUAUUGUGGAAAGCACUGGGCAAGAAGAUCUGAGUCCUCUGCAAAUCCAGAUCAAGGAAGUUUUAUCUCAGAUUCAGGAGCUGGCUGCUCACAUCAAGAAUGACCACCAGCUCUGGAUGCUGCACCAGGGAACACUUGUGGGACUGUCCAGAGAGUUGGGGGCCAACAGCAAGAAGAUACGCAAGCUGCAGAAAGACAACACUGGAAUGCAGCAGAAGGAAAUCAGACUUGACAGUCAGACUGAACAAGAGGAACGAGAGCAGGCAGAGCUGGACAAGAACUCGAAGCUGCUGAGGAGAGAUCUCGAGAAGCUCAGCAAGCUGAUGAAAAAGAACAAGCAGCAGAGUGAGACUCUGGAGCUGGAGAACAUAUUGCUGGAGACGGACUUCAUUCAAAAACUCAAGGAAGCUGAACAAGAGUCGGUCAGUGUUCAAAUGAAACUCGAGAAGACUCAGGAGGAAAAAGAAAAUCUCUUCAGGAAUCUGUUGGAAGCUGAGCGACAGAUAUUGCUGUGGGAGAAGAAGACCCAGAUUUUAAAGGAGACUCGAUCAGUUGUGGAGUCAGAGCUAGGCCAGGAAGAAAUCCAGAAGAUGAAGGUGGAAAUACAUCGUAUGGAGUUACGAGUCAACCAGCUGACGAAAGAACAAGAGCGGCUGAUGAGGGAAAGUGAGGCUGCUGUGGCGAGAAGAGAAAACCUUGUCCUGCGCAAGGAGGCCAUGGUCCGAGGUUCGCACAAAGAGAUCACAAAGGAUGAGCUAAGGCGCUCCAGCGAGGGCCUGCAGAGCAAGAUCCAGAAAACACUCAAGGAGAUUGCAGAUUGUGAACUGGUGAUGAAGGAGCUUGAAAAGGGCAAAACCAUCCAGAGUGAAAAGCUUCUGCAGCAGAAGCAACACCUUGCUGAACUGUGCAGCACCUGGACAAAACUAGACAACGACUUGGCAAACCUCCAGGACAACCAAUACACGAACCAAGCUUACCUAAUUGCUCUGCAGAGUCGAAACAAGAAGCUGCGGGAUGUUUGCGAGGGCAGCUACAAACUCUCAUCCAGCGAAGAGACCGUCGGAGCCGCUCUGCAGAGCCAAAGGGAGCGCCUGGAGGAUUACAGAAGCGCCUUGAAGCGUAACUGUGAGGACCUCCCUCAGCACCAGGAGGCGCUCCGCCACAUCACACAGGCAGUGGAGGCUUACAUAAAAAUUUCCCAGCAGUAAACGUUCUUAGAGUGAGGCGAUGACUGAGACGUAACUGUGAGUACAACAAAGGCAUGUUACUGAGGUUGAGGAGCAAAAAAAAAAAAAAAAAAAAAA